GUUGAAAUCCUCCCCUGUCAUUGUUCAUGCAGCUAGAAGUAAAGCCAAUGUAACACCAUUCCUAUGUGACAAGGCAAGACCACUUGUUCACCCUCACAUGUUCUUUGUUGAUUCACUUCUAAUUAACUAGCAGCAGCAGGAAGUUAGGUGGAGGGACUACUUUUGAAGUUUUCUAGCUCAUCUCACCUUCAGUCCACUGAAAGUACAAUGCCUCCAAGCAUUUGCUGAGGGAAGAAAAUGAUCACAUGUCAACACAGACCUGGCUCCUUGUUUCAAAGUACCUAUUUGCAGUACACUUUCUUGUUUGAUAGCCUGAAAAUCUUGAUUAAACAAGCCAUUGGACCAGGCAAUUGUUCCAGCUCUGUGGUUUUGCAUUCAGUCUUCAUGCUUUGCAGGCUAGGGAGUAGCAAUAUAAUUUCCCAGAACUCACCAUGGGAGCCAAGCUAAGCAAGAAGAAGAAGGGGUAUGAUGUCAGUGACCCGAAGGAGAAGAAGGAGGAGGCGGCAGCUGUGGCCCAAGUAGAACAGAAGGUGGAGGCGGCGGAGGCUGCACCCGAACAGGCUGAGGCAGCCCCCACUACUGAAGCUGCAGCUCCUGCGGCAGAGGAACAGGUAGCCGAGGCAAAGGAGGAACCUGCAGCCGCUGCACCGGUAGAGCCUGCUGCUGAACCAGCCGCAGCACCUGAGGAACAGACUGCAGCCGCACCUGAGGAACCUCCAGCAGCAGCACCCGAAGAACCUCCCGCAGCAGCACCUGAGGAACCUCCAGCAGCAGCACCCGAAGAACCUCCCGCAGCAGCACCUGAGGAACCUCCAGCAGCAGCACCCGAAGAACCUCCCGCAGCAGCACCUGAGGAACCUGCAGCAGCCGCACCUGCGGAACCUCCAGCACCCGCUCCAGAGGAACCUGCAGCAGCCGCACCUGAGGAACCUGCAGCAGCACCAGAGGAACCUCCAGCACCCGUUCCAGAGGAACCUCCAGCAGCAGCACCCGAGGAGCCUUCCGCACCCGCUCCAGAGGAACCUCCAGCAGCCGUUCCAGAGGAACCUCCAGCAGCAGCACCCGAGGAGCCUUCCGCACCCGCUCCAGAGGAACCUCCAGCACCCGUUCCAGAGGAACCUGCAGCAGCACCAGAGGAAGCGGCAGCUGAGGAACCUGCAGCAGAACCAACACCAGAGCCAGAAACGACGCCAGAGCCAGAGCCUAUACAAGAGGUGGUAGUAGUGGAGGAGAUAGAAAUUGUCCAAGAGGUCGUGGGCGAUGUGGAAGUCACAGAAGUGAUUGAGGUCACGCAAGUCACCUUAGUUGCUGCUGCUCCAGAGCCAGAACCGGAGCCUGAAGCCGAACCAGAACCACAGACUGUCACUGAGCCAGAGGAGUCAUCCACAGCACCCUCAGAGCCAGAGGUGGCGUCUGCUGCUGCCGCCCCUGUGGAAGCCGAGCCAGAGCCCGUGUUGGAGUCAGAGCCUGCUGCUGCUGCUGUCUCAGAACCAGAGCCCAUGUUGGAGUCAGAGCCUGCCGCUGCUGCUGAGUCAGAACCAGAGCCCAUGUUGGAGUCAGAGCCUGCCGCUGCUGCUGAGUCAGAACCAGAGCCCGUGUUGGAGUCAGAGCCUGCCGCUGCUGCUGUCUCAGAACCAGAGCCCGUGUCAGAGCCUGCUGCUGCCCCUGAGUCAGAACCAGAGCCCGUGUCGGAGUCAGAGCCUGCCGCUGCUGCUGAACCAAAGCCCGUGUUGGAGUCAGAGCCUGCCGCUGCUGCUGAACCAAAGCCCGUGUUGGAGUCAGAGCCUGCCGCUGCUGCUGAACCAAAGCCCGUGUUGGAGUCAGAGCCUGCCGCCGCUGCUGCUGAGUCAGAGCCAGAAAGCACAGAGGCAGAGGCUGCUGCCGCCCCAGCCGUCGAGGAUUCAGCCGAGGCCAUCCCCGAGAUCGUCAUCUCUGAGUCCGCGUCUACCAACGAACUCUCCACUGAGGAGGCCGCCGCCUCCGAUGCGGCGCCGUCGUCACCCAGCAAAGAGGCGCCGGCUGUGGACGCGCCACUGGAUAACGGCGAGUGUGAACGCGCCCCGGAGGAGCCCGCUUCCGCACCGGAGGUCAACGGCGUGAGCGAGGAGGCCGCACCUGAACCCGUAUCAGCGGAGCAGCCCGCUGCGCUGGCCGAGCAGCAGCCGGCGGAGGAGUGUGUGAAUGGCGUGGUGCAGCCAGAGGAGGAGCAGGCCCCCCAUGAGGCCCCCAGUGACUGUGAACUUAAAAAGGACUUGAGCCAGGUGGACGUCCUGAUCCCAGACAUCGUCGAGGCUGCAGUGAGUCAGGUGGUCGACAUCAUCUGAGAAACUAACUUAACAACAGAAAAGCAAAUAAUAACAAAAAACAACUGUGAAUCCUGUUUUAACGAUGUAAACAAACAAAAACACCAACAAACAGUACAAGAACAUCAAUAAACACCUCCUUUUGCAACACACGCCUCUGAAGAUAAAGCUUCAAGCGAACGUGUUGCAGUAACUCAGGCAAAGGAAUUUCUGGUUAGCCAAAAAAAAAAAAAAAAAAGAAGAAAUCCAACCACUCAAGAGCUGAGAGUGAGGGUGAGCAUGAAGAAGAGAGAAAAGUGAGUGAGAUUUGAAUGAGUGAGGACACAAUUGAGCGAGAGAAUGGCACAAAGAGUCCAAGCCCAACGCUUUGGGGCUUUGUGUCUUUUGUGAGGGCCGAGGGGCUGUUGGUCCUGUAGUAGCAGGCCCAGGAGAGACGAAUGCCAGGCCCAUUUUAGUGAUGAAAAACUGCUGAGAAGAGAGAAAGUGAAAGGGGGUAAAAACUGGACCACAGAACAAAAUACUGGACAUUAACAAAGGAAACUAUGAAUGGAAUGAGUAGUCUUGUCUUUGUGUGUGAGCCUGAUGAAUAUUAAGACAAAAAAUGUUUUAUUGGAUUAGCAUUUAAUAGUAUAUAAUCUAAUUUUGACUUUCACAUAUCCUUUCCGUAACUAUGUAAAACAAGAUUAAAGGAUAAGACCUUUCUGACCUUUCCAUAACAGAGAAGCAGUGAGGAAUGUUCAUUUUAACUUGAUGGCUUGGCUUAGAAAAUAAAAGAGACUGUUAUACCUUAA